GGUGCACCUGCAGUGCUACGCCGUCACCAGGGCACCGUCGCGGCGGACGCCACCUCGCCAGUUCCUGCGACGAGAAUCUGCACUCCGCUCCAACAACGCGGCAGGGAUGAGGGGCUGCGAGGCGGAAGCAGUGGCGAUGGCGAUGUGCGCGGUGCUCAUCGGGCUCGCGCAGCUGCAGACGCACGUGCUGGCGCAAACCCGGUCGCGGGCGCAGGCGCAGAGGCCCACCAUCCUGGAGUCUGGCAUCUCGCUGCUGUUCCGCGAGGCGCUGGCCAGCCUGCAAGAGCCCAUCGACCAGCCAGUGGUGCUGCCCGAAUACGACUUUAUUGUAGUGGGCGCCGGCACGGCCGGCUGCGUUGUCACCAGCAGGCUCACCGAGGUUCCAAAUUGGAAAGUGCUGUUGCUGGAGGCGGGAAGCGAAGAGAACUUCGUUAUGGACAUCCCGAUCGUGGCCAACUUCCUGCAGUUCAGCAACGCCAAUUGGGACUACCGCACUGUGCCCAGCAACACUUCUUGCCUCGGGAUGGAGAAUCGCCAGUGCCGCUACCCACGCGGCAAAGUCAUGGGCGGCAGCUCCGUUCUCAACUACAUGAUCUACACGCGCGGCAAUCGUCGCGACUACGACAACUGGCGCGACAUGGGCAACCCGGGCUGGGGCUGGGACGACGUGCUGCCGUACUUCAAGAAGUCGGAGGACAUGCAGGACAAGCAGCUGGCGCGCGACACCAAGUACCACAAGACGGGCGGGUACCUCGCCGUCAGCAUCCCAGAGUUCCGCACGCCGCUGGCCAAGGCCUUCGUGGACGCCGGUCGCGAGUCAGGCGAGCCCGUGAGAGACUUCAACGGCGAGAAGCAGACGGGCUUCAGUUACAUCCAAUCCACCACGAAAAACGGGACGCGCUGGAGCUCCUCCAGGGCCUUCCUGCACCCGGUUCGCAACCGGCGAAAUCUGCACGUCAAGAAGCGUGCGCUCGUCACAAGGAUCCUCAUCCACCCGGAAAACAAGACCGCGUACGGCGUCGAGUACCGUCACAACGGCGUCACUUAUCGCGUGCGAGCGACAAGGGAAGUCAUCUUGUCCGCAGGAGCCAUCAACUCCCCGCAGCUACUCAUGCUGUCUGGCGUAGGCCCCAAGAAACAUCUCACGCAGGUGGGAAUACCCGUCCUCCAGAACCUCAAGGUUGGAUACAACCUCAUGGAUCACGUGUGCAAAGGCGGGCUCACGUUUGUGGUCAACGACACCGUGUCCUUGCGAACGGAUCACAUUCUCGAGCAGCGAGAUUAUUACGUGGAUUAUCUGGCCUACAAAAUGGGUCCUCUGGCGGUACCCGGAGGAUGCGAAGCCCUCGCCUUUUACGACUUCGCGAACCCCGAUGACGAUGAUGGCUACCCUGACAUGGAACUACUUUUCCAGAGCGGAUCAAUCGUCUCGGAGACGACUCUCAGAAGGAACUUUGGUAUCGCUGACGACAUUUACGAUGCAGUCUUCAAACCUAUAGAGAAAGCAGAUACCUGGAUGGUUCUGCCAAUGUUAAUGAGGCCGAAGAGCAAAGGCAGAAUUAUGCUGAAAAGUGCAAACCCAACGGACAAACCUUUGAUCUUCCCCAAUUACUUUGCGCAUCAGGAAGAUCUCGACCUCAUCGUAAAGGGAAUUAAAAAAACUAUAGAACUUAAUGAGUUGGCGCCCUUUAAGAAGUUCAACAGCAAGCUGCACGACAUUCCCAUUCCUGGUUGUAAACAUUUAAAAUUCGGAUCGGAUGAAUACUGGGGGUGUGCAACACGUUACUUCUCUUUUACUAUCUAUCACCAGUCUGGUACGUGCAAGAUGGGACCAGUCUCCGAUAAGACGGCAGUCGUUGACCCCCGUUUACGAGUAAUGGGAAUCAAGGGAUUAAGAGUUAUCGAUGCCUCUAUUAUGCCAGAAAUUCCCGCAGCACAUACGAAUGCUCCCACAUACAUGAUUGGAGAGAAAGGAUCAGAUAUGAUAAAGGAAGAUUGGGGAGAACGAACGCAGCCACUCUGA